AUGUCCGCUUGGAAUAGUGACAAGAAUGCUGGAGGCAUUUCCCUGUUCAAUCGCUAUGCCGAUUAUCUGGGCGAAAAAUGCACCAGCCCUCUUGUCACCGGUGGAGGCAAUAAGACCAAGAGUUAUCUAACUUCCAUCGCAUACAUGGUACCAGUAUCAGACGCAGUGAUCCAACAAUUUCACAAGGAUCCAGUGUAUCAGAACAAAAUCCUCGUUCUAGAACAUAAAGACCCAGUUAUAGAAAUCAAUACUCUCUGCGCUGGAAAGAGAGCACAAAUACCGUCACCGAAAAUGUGCAAUAAUUUCUUAAAUUGUUGGGAUGGAUGGGCAUUUGAACAGGAAUGUCCCGCUGAAUUGGUCUUCUCGAAUGAAGGCUUUUGUGAUUAUCGCUAUAAUGUUGACUGUAAGGACAGAAAACUGAAAGAGCCGCAGCCACUGUGUACAAAUGACUUCGAGGCGUCCCGGAACCCAUCCGAUUGUAAAGAAUUCUUCGUAUGCGUUCAAGGGCUUCCGGUCAAAUUCAAGUGUCCUGGUGAUCUCUUGUACAACGAGAGACUUGGUGUAUGCGAUUACGAGAGUAAGGUAGACUGUAACGGUACAGUUGCAAAUACAAAACCACUCUCCUCAAUUCAAAUGGUACCAGUAAACGAAGUCACCCAAAAAGCACCUGGUUUCGUUGCACCCGCUGUACCAUCUCCAACGUCAGCACCCAUUGAUAGAAACACAAUGAUAAGUAAAAUGGAGUACAACACGCAAACUUGGUCAUCUACUCACGUGGCGUAUUCUCGCCAAGACGCCAUCCGCCAACUACAAUUAAAUCGAAUGGGAGAAGUAAAAGAAGCUAAUUAAAUUUCCAUUACUAAGUUUCUAUAAGAUUAUACUGAUAGGUAUAUAUAAUAUUUUUCCUUUUUGCUAAAUGGUAUUUUUUUUGCAACAAAACCCAUUUUCACUAAUUUUCUUUUUAUGUUAUGCGAAUUUUUAUCAGUAUUGUGAAAAUAAAUAAUUUAUGUCUUA